AUGCGUUCGUCUCAUGGACCAUCGAAAUUAUUUGUUGGUGAUAUUGGUAAUAAUCGUAAAUCUGAUUUAAAUCGUUUAUUUAGUAAAUAUGGUGAAAUUUUAACAAUUUACAUUGAUGAUAAUAAACGUUUUGCGUUUGUGGAAUUUACAUCAUCAAAUGAUGCACAACGUGCAUUACGACAUACAAAUAAUAAAACAGUGAAUGGUUCUAGACUACGUGUUGAAUAUGCUAAAUCGGAUAGAAUAUCACGCGAUAGCCGACGUCCAUUAUCACGUGAACGUUCACCAGCAUCAACGUUGUAUAAUCAUUUACAGGUAACUGCAAAUCGUUUACCACCUAUGCAAUCUGUACGUCAAAGUUAUUAUCAAUAUCAACCAUCUACAAUGAUGUCUAGUUCAACUAUAUCUCGUGGUCGUUCAUUAACACCACCAUCAUAUAAACAAAAUGCUCGUUUAUCAUCGAUGAAUCAUUUACGAACACAAGAUUUCUAUCCACCAUAUUAUCCUCAGCAUUCAGCUGUUUAUACAGAUUCAAAUUAUUAUCGAACAUACGGAGAUCCAUAUUUAAUGCAACGAUUACCACCACCAGCUUUUCUUCCUCCAACAUCAUCACCACCACCUCCACCAUCAUCAUCAUCGCAUGCCUAUCGAAAUAUGUAUUCAUCAUCUGGUCUUCAUCGUUAUCCAACAGUAACGUCUCAUAGACGAACACGACGAAGUCGUAGUCGUAGUGGACGCAGAAGUUCAACAUCACGUAAAAAUCGGUCUAGUCGAGAAAGAAAACGUAAACGUCGAACUUCAUCAUCAUCAUCGUCUUCUGCUCAAGAGCAACGUGAACGUGGUCCACAAACACCACCAUCAUCAAAUCGGACUAAGAAACGAUCUCGUUCAGGGUCUGAUGCAAUUGCUUCGACGUCGGAACAAAAAUCAGCUUCAUCGUCUUCUUCUGAAGAUGAAACUUCUGAAGAUAAACAAUCACAUUCUAGAAGAUUUCAAGAUAAUGAUUCAAAUCAAAAACAUUCUAAAAGAAAAACAAGAGGAUAA